GCACCACACGUGCUGCUGGGAAGGGCACUAAAUCUCUACACAACACUCAGUUUCUAGUGCAUCUCUUGUGCUCCUGGUCCUCUGGUGAUCAUGAUUGAGGUGCAGGACCUCAUUGUCUCAAGAGGGGGAGAUCCCAAAAAAGUGAUCGAGAGUUUGCAAAAGCGAUACGCCCCCACUGAAAUCGUUGACGAGGUCAUUGCACUCUGGAACGACGCAUAUCAGACACGGUAUAAGGCCAGCCAAAUCGGCGCAAAGAUCAAUGCGGUCCAAAAGGAGAUUGGCCAGCUGAAGAAAGCAAAACAAGAUGCGGACCACCUGCUGCAAGAAAAGGUGAACUUGGAGAAAGAGAAGAAGAAGGCCGAAGAGGAGGCCGCAGAGAAGGAGAAAUUGAGAGACCGCAAGUGCAAGUUGAUUGGCAACUAUGUGCACGAAUCGGUGCCGGUUAACGACAACGAGGACUUCAACGAGGUGGUUAAGAAAUGGGCACCUGAAGGCUUCACGGAGGAAAAACGUGACUGUCUCUCCCACCACGAGGUUAUGACCCGUGCAGAAGUCUACGAUAGCGAGCGAGGCGUCAAGCUGGUCGGGCAUCGGGGGUACUUCCUGCGAAAAUGGGGCGUCCUGCUCAACCAAGCCCUCAUCAACUACGGCUUGCACUUCCUCGUCUCCAAGGGCUAUGAUCCACUUCAACCGCCCUACUUCAUGAAGGCAGAGUACAUGGCCAAGACCGCACAGUUGGAACAGUUCGACGAAGAGCUUUACAAGGUUAUCGAAGACAAGGACGCAGAAGACAAGUUUCUCAUCGCGACAUCCGAACAGCCCAUUUCAGCAAUGUUUGCCGAAGAGUGGUUGACGGAGAAGGACUUGCCCAAGAAGUUUGCCGGCUACUCUUCGUGUUUUCGAAAGGAGGCUGGCGCACAUGGGAGGGAUGCUUGGGGGUUGUUUCGCAUACAUCAGUUCGAGAAGAUCGAACAAUUCCUCUUCGUCAAGCCCGAAGAAUCCUGGCAAGCACUGGAAGACAUGAAGUCCGUCGCCGAAGAGUUCUACCAAUCCUUGAAACUCCCAUACCGUGUUGUGGCGAUCGUCUCGGGCGCACUCAACAAUGCAGCGGCCAAGAAAUACGACCUGGAAGCGUGGUUCCCCUACCAAGCCGAGUACAAGGAACUUGUGUCUUGCUCGAAUUGCACGGACUACCAGACGCGAGAGCUGGAGAUUAGAUACGGACAGAAAAAGGGUGCCAUCGAUGCAAGGAAGACGUAUGUUCAUGCCCUAAACGGGACGCUCUGCGCCACGGAGAGGACCUUAUGUUGCCUGCUGGAGAAUUACCAGAAGGAAGACGGCUUUGAAGUGCCAGAGGUGUUGAGACGGUACAUGCCUCCUGGGACGCCGGAAAUUAUCCCAUACACAAAGGACUUGCCGAAAGAUACGACCUCGGCGAAGGCGAAGCAGCCGCCAAAGCCAAAGCCUGUGGGCGCACCUGAGGGUGGCCCCAAGCGAGACAUGCCCUCGGCAGAGAAUGUCGCGGACAAGAUGAAGGACAUGAAGGUGUAGGAGAGUGCAAAAAGACAGAGAAUACGUGUGACCUGAUUUGACGAGCGACGAACGCAUUAGCCGGCUGCUGGAAUCGACGGGUGAAGGAGAACGAAUGGCAUCCACAAAGAAUGGG